CUAAUAAAACCAGCGAGAUUUGGGAAAGAUGAUCCAUAUGUAAUGUCUCAGAACCGUCCCAGGAACAAGACCGGGGCGAAGAGAGUAAACUCUACCAUGAUGUCGCACCAAUAUUCCUCAAUAUGCCUUCAUAGAAAUGCGAAUUUUUCAAUUUUAGAGACAUUGGAAAUCCGCUUGUUAGGUGUCUAGAUCGAAAUAGUCUACUAAUCUGCAUCUGUAAGAAAGCGAUAGCAAGUGUCAGCUCUCAAUCAUAAAUAUGAAAUCUGUAUUAGGUUGUGUGUCGAUCAUGUUGUGUUACUCUACAUGGCUGCACAUUUCUACGAGGGGUACAACCGUUGUUUUCUUGUCAGUAACAGUCGUCGUCCCCAGGCUGCUCGGACAAACCUCUGACGUUUCCGUACGAAAAAAUUACCGAUAGACGUAGGACAUCGCUGGCGACCUGUCCUCAAGCAAAAUGGCACAUAUAGGACGUCUGUCAUCCAAAAGCACAGUGUUGUUGCUGUGUGACAUGCAAGAGAAGUUCCGACCAACUAUUUUCCAGUUCACCAACAUUGUGAGCAAUGCUGCAAGAUUGCUACAGGCUUGCCGGAUCUUGGGUGUCCCCCCAAUUGUGACUGAGCAGUACCCUACGGGUCUGGGCCCCACCGUCUCUGAGCUGGGUGCACAGGGCCUGAAGGCCCAUGCCAAAACCCGCUUCUCCAUGCUGACUGAGAGUGUGGAGAACCAGCUCAAGAGCCUGGGCAACCCUCAGCAGGCGAUCCUGUGUGGCAUAGAGGCCCAAGCCUGCAUCGCAUGCACAACCUAUGAUCUCCUGGAGAGAGGAAUGGAGGUUCACAUUGUUGCAGACGCCGUCUCAUCUCGAAGUCCGACGGACCGGCUGUUCGCCCUGUCGCGGCUGAAGCAGAGCGGGGCCUUUCUCACCACCACAGAGGGGGUCCUACUGCAGCUGGUGCAGGAUGCCAAGCACCCCAACUUCAAAGAGAUCCAGAAGCUCCUGACUCACCCCUCCCCAGACACGGGUCUUCUUGCCUUCUUCAGCUCCCUGUAGGAAGAGCCACAUGGCCCAAUUUAGCCUGACAAAUCCUUCAUUGGGCAGGCAUCUUCCAGUACACAUCACCAUCGCUGGCCGUUUAUGGCUGUCUUAAAUUUUCAGUCGACGUUUGUCUUCACCUGCUUCAGGUUUUUUUUGUUGUUGUUUUUUGUUUUUUCUCUCAAUUACAAGCAGAAUGUAAUUAUUUUUGUAUGUAUCGUUACUAAUGCACACAAACUAAUAAAUAAAGCUGAGCUAUAACAGCG